UUGAUGUCUUUCACAGGGGGCGCUGCUUACGCAGAAUUCGCCAUCUUGCUGUUGCUGAUUCACAACAUUGUGUCCUUACAUCAAAACGAAGAUUAGAGGAGGAGUCAACGAGUGUAACCAUGGCAGCUGGCCCUUACAAUUACUCUUAUAUAUUCAAAUACAUCAUCAUUGGGGAUAUGGGUGUUGGGAAAUCCUGCCUUCUUCACCAAUUUACAGAGAAAAAGUUCAUGGCAGAUUGUCCUCACACAAUAGGAGUGGAAUUUGGAACUAGAAUUAUAGAAGUUUCUGGACAGAAAAUCAAGUUACAGAUUUGGGACACUGCAGGACAGGAACGAUUUCGAGCUGUGACAAGGAGCUACUAUCGAGGAGCGGCAGGGGCAUUAAUGGUCUAUGAUAUUACAAGACGAAGCACGUACAACCACCUGAGUAGCUGGCUAACAGACGCUAGAAACUUAACCAAUCCCAACACAGUGAUAUUUUUAAUUGGUAAUAAGUCUGACUUAGAAGCUCAAAGGGAUGUUACAUAUGAAGAGGCUAAGCAGUUUGCCGAUGAAAAUGGUCUAAUGUUCCUAGAAUGCAGCGCCAAAACGGGUGACAAUGUAGAGGAUGCGUUUUUAGACACAGCAAAAAAGAUAUACCAGAACAUUCAAGAUGGAAGUUUGGACUUGAAUGCAGCAGAAUCAGGAGUACAACACAAGCCAGCCACCCCCAGAAAUCCCAUAAACACAGACCAACCCCCCAUUGACAAGGGUUGUGCGUGUUGAUGUUCCUGCCUCUGUCUUAGACAGGCAGAUAUUGUGUAUUCAUUCCAAGGAUGUGUGCAGAAUUGUUCGCGAUCAAAAUGAUUCCAGUCUCCCAGCACCGCGGGUGUGGAGCCAGCAUGUGGCGGGUGUGGUUCCUAUCUGUACUAUUCACUCUCUGUUUGUUAUAGAACUGCUGUGUAUUACAUUAAUCCAUGUCUUGUUCUGUAACAGGCAGGGUCAUGUAUCUGCAAUUAUUCUUUAUCUAUGAUAUGUAUGUGGUGCAAUAUUUUUCUACUUCUUUUUACUGGACAGUGGAAUUAUUUUGAUCUUUGAACACAUGCAUUGACUACUAUUCAUUCUAAAAUGAACAUGAGUCAUAUUGAAUUGGGUUUGACUUUGGGACCUGGAAUGAUUGAGUAUUGUGUGACUGUGUGAGGAAGGAUUAAGACGACAGAGUAAUACACAUGUCAAAAAUCUCUGUUGUGGAGUUGCUAGACCUAGUAAUUUGAUGGUGAUAAUGUGAUUGUUCUGUUAUUGUCUUUGUUUGUUAACUUAUAUCAACUAUUUGUAUACAUGAAUGUAUUUCCUUAGCUGUUGCACAUUAAUAAUAGGUUGCAAUACUGGACCAUUUUGUUAGAUUAGACAUGUAGUGCUCUUCAAAGUUUUUAAACCAGCAAACAUCUUACACAAUCAAACAUAAAAUGAAAACUCUGUAUAAUUUCAGUAAAUACACAUUCAUUGUGGAGUUCAUUAGAAUUGUUGUACAACUAGUGACGUGGAAGUUCAUUCCAAUAUCUGUACAUUAUCUUAAUCAGUACAUACACGUGUCCUGUACAUAUUCAUACAAUAUUUUGUAACAUACAUGUUCUGUACAUGUGUUCUGUACACACAUUUUGUACAUAUACAUGUUCUGUACAUGUUUUGUACACAUGUUCUGUACACAUACAUGUUCUGUACACACUUCCUAUAGAUAUGAUAGCCAUGUAACGUUUGUGUAACCACAUUGUCUUUCUUGCUUAGUUUGUGUGUCUUUGUUUUAUGCUUCUUGUGAUAUUGAAAAUUUACAAAAGUUCAAAUUACAUAUCCCAUCAGAGAUUUUUGUUGCAGUUUAGAUUUUUAAUGUAUUUUACAUAAUGUGAAUUUAAAAUUGCAACUUUAUACAAUGAUUUUGGUAUUUGGUGUAGAAAAGCUCUUUUUCAAGUUUUCCAAACAAGUGCUACAUUUAUGAGAGUGUAUUUACUGCAAAUGCUGAAUUAUCACAGGUAGAAAAACAAAUUCAGAAGGCUGCUUCUGUUCUGCCACAUUGUAUCGUGGCAAUUAUUUAUAUGUGCGAUCUGUUGGGCUAUAAUUCUUACCCUUCUAAAAUCUCGAGAUAGAAACAACACAAGCUUUUGACUUAAUUACUUUCUCUUGCUUUGAAAACAUGAUAUGGUUCAUAUGAAUAUAUACAGGAUAUUCCACUGACAAUAUAAAUAUGGAAAAUGCAGAAAUAAUGUGAUAUAUAUUGUACUUUAAGUCACUUUCACUCAUUUAAAUUAAUAUAUUGAAGUCAAAGGAAUAAAUAAAUUAUGAAAUAUA